CUUCACUUAAACGGAGUUGGCUGUAGGGAAAGAUAAUUAUUAGUAAAACGGGAGCUGAGGCCUGAGAAGGGACACGGGGAAUAGUGACAGGUCCCUUGGCCAGUUUUAGUCCAGGGGACGAGCUAACACACUGGCCAGCAGCUGGUCUGGCGUCAUCAGUGCUAAAGGCUCCCAUCUGUUGAGCACUUAGGAUAAACCAGCUGCUGGGUGACACGCAUUUGCUCAGUUCACCCUCCUUUGAUUUGCGAUGCCUGAGGCCCCUCAAACUUCACGGGUUCGAGAUCCACCUCAUAAUCCCAUCCCAGGAGAGAGACCCUUCCAGUGGUUCCUGUCUUAAUGAAUGGCUUCACUGUGCGUUCAGCUGAAACCUAGAGGCUCUUCAGCAAAAGCCCUUGUCAGUUUAAAAGAGGGAAGCUUAUCUAACACAUGGAAUGAAAAGUUCAGUUCUUUACAAAAAACACCUGUUUGGAAAGGCAGGAAUACAGGCUCUGCUGUGGAAAUGCCUUUCAGAAAUUCAAAACGAAGUCGAUUCUUUUCUGAUGAAGAUGACAGACAAAUAAAUACAAGAUCACCUAAAAGAAACCAGAGGGUUGCAAUGGUUCCACAGAAAUUUACAGCAACAAUGUCAACGCCAGAUAAGAAAGCCUCACAAAAGAUUGGUUUUCGAUUACGUAACCUACUCAAGCUUCCCAAAGCACACAAAUGGUGCAUAUACGAGUGGUUCUACUCAAAUAUAGAUAAACCGCUCUUUGAAGGUGAUAAUGAUUUCUGUGUAUGUCUAAAGGAAUCUUUUCCUAAUUUGAAAACAAGAAAGUUAACAAGAGUGGAAUGGGGAAAAAUCAGACGGCUAAUGGGAAAACCACGGAGAUGUUCUUCUGCAUUUUUUGAGGAAGAAAGAUCAGCAUUAAAACAGAAACGGCAGAAGAUCCGGCUCUUGCAACAAAGGAAAGUUGCGGACCUUUCCCAAUUCAAAGAUCUCCCAGAUGAGAUUCCUCUGCCCCUGGUUAUUGGCACCAAAGUUACAGCGCGAUUACGUGGUGUUCAUGAUGGUCUGUUCACUGGGCAAAUAGAUGCUGUGGAUACUUGUAAUGCUACUUACAGAGUAACGUUCGAUAGGACAGGGCUGGGAACCCAUACUAUCCCUGACUAUGAAGUUCUUAGUAAUGAGCCUCACGAGACAAUGCCCAUUGCUGCCUUUGGACAAAAACAGCGGCCUUCCCGGUUUUUUAUGACUCCACCACGGUUGCAUUAUCCUCCUCUUCUCCCAGCGCCCACUACGGAUAAUGAUCCUUUAUUAGGACAGUCACCUUGGAGAAGUAAGAUUUCAGGUUCUGAUACUGAAACGUUGGGUGGUUUUCCAGUAGAAUUCCUUAUUCAAGUGACCAAAUUAUCAAAAAUUCUCAUGAUUAAAAAGGAACAUAUCAAGAAAUUAAGGGAAAUGAACACCGAGGCAGAAAAAUUGAAAUCAUAUUCCAUGCCCAUUGGCAUUGACUUUCAGCGGAGAUAUGCAACAAUCGUUCUAGAGCUUGAACAGCUGAACAAGGACCUAAACAAAGUUUUGCAUAAAGUUCAGCAGUACUGCUACGAGCUUGCUCCGGAUCAGGGGCUGCAGCCUGCAGACCAGCCCACAGACAUGAGACGGCGGUGUGAGGAGGAGGCGCAGGAAAUCGUGCGGCAUGCGAAUUCCUCCGCAGGGCAGCCCUGUGUUGAAAAUAAAAACCUGACCGACCUCAUCUCCAGGCUUACAGCUAUUUUAUUACAAAUUAAGUGUCUAGCAGAAGGAGGAGACCUGAAUUCCUUUGAAUUCAAAUCACUUACAGAUUCAUUGAAUGAUAUCAAGAGUACAAUAGAUGUUUCUAAUAUCAGUUGCUUUCAGAAUAAUGUAGAAAUCCACGUUGCACAUAUUCAGAGCGGCCUGAGCCAGAUGGGAAACUUACAUGCCUUUGCAGAAAAUAACACCAACAGAGACUGAGCAGAUUUAAUUAUGCCAACUGCAUAGGACAUUGUUUUCGAGAAGUUCUUUUCCUUCAUAUAGGCUUCCAACACCAAAUCACCUAGCUGCUGGGAAACAAGGGAAACUUAUAUCUCCAAAUAAGGCAUUUUAAUAUACUGUACUGCUUCUGAAACCAGCAUUGCUGACCAUCAGUAUAUUUAUUUUUCUUUUAUUAUUCAGCUGCAGGAGCAUUGCUUGUAUUACAUAUGAUUAUUAGCAAGUAGUUUUUAAACUGGAAAUGUCUGAACAUACUUCCAUGGAGGAAUGCAUUGGCCAUUUUUUAAUGUGCAUGAAUUCGCAUUAAUGUACACGUGCAGACAGCUGUAGCGGAGAACAUGGAGAAGCGGUCUUGUGCACACGUGUGGCCAUGUGGGAACUGCAUCUGGAAAACGGCAACUCCAGUUCAUUAGUCCGUCACCACCUCAGUCUUCAGAGAACAUACGAGCUAUGGGAAGCCUCGAGGGAAGGAAGCACUGGAAGAUGGAUGGGAAACAGACUGUGCUGGUAUAUCUAGUAUAUACUUGCAAUGUGACAUGGUUCUGUAGAUCAUUUUAUAAUAAUAAAUAUUUUAAUUUAUCAUAAUUUAUAAAAGAAACCUUUGUUGUUUGUCUGUUGAAAGAAAAUGAAGGAGCAGGAAAAAAGCAUUACUUGCAAAAUGCUGAAUCUCAGCAAGUGGAUUUGGCAUGUCAUGUCUUUCCCCGUCAAUUCAGGGCAAAAAGUGCUAUUGUUAUGAGAUUUAUUAAAAAAGAAAAGACUGAUAACACACUAUUUUCAUAUUUUUUGUUUAUUUGCACAACUUUUAGACCAAAUUACUGGUUAAAAUCCACAAUAUACCAUUUAUAAAGUAAAAAGAUUUUAUAAGGAAAACAACACCCGCGCUGUGAAAUACAGAGAAAAGGUUUGUAUUUGGUUGUGGUUUUGUUUUUUUUGUUUUGUUUUUUUAAAGAAAAUCCUAAAAUAUUAAUCUUGUAAAAAGUGUAUUUGGAAUUCUCUGUUUUAAUAUAGAAUAUUAUAAAGUCAAAAUAUAAUAAAUUGUUUUCAGAUUUGGGAUUUAAGAUAUAGCUGUAGAAGUGGCUUUAAUUCUUUUAGAUGUCUCAUAAAAUGAGGCUUUUAUAUAUUAAUGUAUAAAAAAAAAUGAAUUAUUUUCCAUUUUAAAUUUUUGUAUAGUUUAAAAAUGCUUCCAUAUUCUGUGCCACUGCAGAACUUUAGUGCAGAGUUUAUAUUUAGCUCAACUGUUAUGUUAAUUAAGAAAAGCAUAAAUCUUU